AUGGAAAAAGCUUCCUUGAACAUUGCUCAGACAAAGGAAAUACCACUGACAGAUAGGCGAAUGGGGCUCCGAGGAUGGAAGGCGUGCAGUAGGCCGCAUUUACUAGGUCGAAUAUUGCUUUUCAUGAGCAUACUAUUUAUUACAAGUGCGGAAUUAAGUAGCGACGUAAGCUCCAGAGAAGUAUAUAUGCCGAUAUUCAAUAAUAAGCUGUCGUUCAAAGUGCCGCCUAUUAAACGCUCGUUGCUGCUAGGAGCAGCCCUGUACGAAGAUUUCGAAUAUAGCUCUAACAACAGUGCUUCUGACGGAGCGUUCUGUACCGUGUUUAAUGCAGGCAUGAAUGACGCGUCUAGGGAGGUUGUUUUUGAAAUCCAUGUAAUGGACGUGUUGCAAGAAGAAACAGACUCCAGCAGGUUCGGAGGAACCAGUCACGAGCGUGGGAGGCAAUCACUGGGCUUCAGUGUUUUUAAUAACAAGAAUGGUGAUUUGUUAAGAAGCAAGAAAAAUCUAGCGAGCGGGACGUCGGUCAUCGAAGUUAAUCCUGGGAACUGUAAUGAGUUCUUGAUAUGUUUCAUAAAUUUAGUCUAUGACGGAUCGUGGAGCUCGAUUGAUACUGAAAAAUCUGUAACGAUAAAGAUGACCUACAAUGAUAAGCUCGAUCCUGACAUGUUGUUGCAUUUGGUCAAUCAAAUGACACCGCAGGUGGUGAAAGCAUUGAAUACCGUCUCUGACGGCCUUUUCCAGAUAGUGAGCGAUACCACACUUCUUCAAAUGGAAAGUGAUAGGCGAGAUAUAAAUGAGGCGACGUAUAGUUAUCUGAUUGUGGGGUUUGUGUCGCUUAUGGUAGCACAGCUGAUAUCCAAUAUUAUAGUUACUACCUAUUUGAUUAUUAAGAUCAAAAGUAAUCCUUCAUCUCAUAUCAAAAAGAAAGGUUUGUAA